AGAGAGAGAGAGAGAGAGAGAGCUGGCAGUCUGUUUGCCUUGCAUAACAUACGCUGUAGCUCUCACACGUAGGGCUAGUGAAACAGCGCAGAUGAGGGGACUUCCUUUACCCUCAGCACUCUGAGCAAUUGUCGAAGGAAGUGGAGGAGAGUGAAGGCGGGGGGGAAAAUUGGACAUGGAAGAAAACAUAAAUCAGAGGAUUGCGUGUGUGACCUGAUAGCAGAGCUAAACCUGGACAAAGGACAGCUUGCCAGUGGGUAGAGUGAGUUACACUCGUAGUGCAGAGAGAGAGAGAGAGAGUUGUUAAAGGCUCCCCUAUAAAGAAAGGUAUGGACCAAUAGCCAUCAGUGAGAGAUGAUUCCACAUGAAGCACAUGAAUCCUUUCAUGACAAGAGUCCUGACAAUGGGCAAGACUAUAGUAAAAGUGGAGCAAAGUAAUAGAACAAUUAAAAUCUUGACAACUGAGUUCUACUUUGAACUUUAAAACAUCCUGAUCAAGACGAGUGGGUUAAAAUACGGGACAAGCUCCAAGACCAUGAAGUCUAACCAGGAGCGUUGUAAUGAAUGUCUUCCGCCAAAAAAGCGGGAGAUUUUAGCUCUGGAAGGGAAGCAGGUGCUGGUGUCAGCUGCUGUUAGUGAGAGCCAGAGUGGAGAGAAUUUGGCUUGGCUAGCCAGUGUUGCUACCAUGGCUAGCAUGGCCCACAUCCCCAACAAUGCAGGCCCAUCACAGAGCAACAGUGCUGAGCCUGACAGCCCCCCACCAUCAAAUAAGGCUCUCACUGUGGUGACGGAAUAUCCUCCAACUACUCAGCUCCCAAUUAUUGGCUACAUCACCAGUGCUUCUGGUGGACCCCAGCAAGCAGUAACUGGUUAUCAAAGCAACCUGCCACAGCACGUGGUGAUCUCAGGCAACCCCUCCUUGCUCAUUCCAGUGAGUGCCACUAACAUCAAUCCAACUACUGCUGAGCCGGAGGUCACCCGCUGUUCUGUCAUCCCCAGUGUUGCAAAUGCAUCAACAGCUCUGCCUCAGACCUUUAUUAAUACAUCCCCACCUGCAGCUGCAGCUUCAGUCCUACCCAAUGGUAAAGACAUCACAGUUUCUGAUGGAGGUCAUGCCUCCUGUGUCAUGCCAAGUCCAACCCAAAUACAGCUGCCUGUUCUUUCAGCCGGUGUAGUGGGGUCUCCAGUUCCUGUAACACCUCCAACAUCCACAAGCCCUCACAGCUCACCAUCAUCACCAUCACCAGACCUACCACCAUUCUUCAUGAAGGGCUCUAUUAUCCAGUUGGCAGACGGCGAACUAAAGCGUGUGGAGGAUCUGCGGACAGAGGACUUUGUGCAAAGUGCGGAGGUGAGUGGAGAACUGAAGAUUGACUCCAGCACUGUAGAGCGCAUAGAGUGCAGCUGCACACCCAAUGCUGUCAUCAUACAGUUCUCAGUGGGAGAGAACAAAGCCCAGGUCUGUGUCGAGGUUCUGGUGGAAUACCCUUUCUUUGUGUUUGGUCAAGGUUGGUCGUCCUGCUGCCCUGACCGCACCACCCAGUUGCUAGCACUAUCCUGUGCCAAACUCUCUGUGGGUGAUGUUUGUAUCUCUCUAACCCUUAAAAGCCUAAAAGAUAGCAUUCAAAAGAAAGAGAAUUUUUCAGACUCUUUGACGAAAUACAAACCAGCCAAAAACAAUGGGCCAAUGGAGGAAAGACUAACCCAAAUGGAGGAUCUUAAGAAAGGACACAAAAUGACAUCAGGAGUGGAAAAUACUGCAGGAACACUGGUUGAGACUUCUAACCCAAGAAAUGUGUUGACCCUCUUGGAGAAUGGGGGAAUAAUUUCUCAGACACAGGUGAACCUCCAGACCCAGGCAGAAAAGACAUGCACAUUUAGUGUCGAGAGAGCAGUUAGCCGCAAGAGGAGAUGGUCUGCUCCAGAGAGGGGAGAAAUGUGGAGGUCACAAGAGGACCCUCAGAUUUUACCCAAAUUUUCCUUCCUCCCACAUCGGCUAAAGGUCAGCAUUGAGGGCCGCUCUAGCACAGGUUGCUGAGGACGUUCAGAACUCCAUAGAGCAGUGGUGGGGAGUCAAUUUCUAACCAAGAAAUACAUUAAUUAGCCUUACUUAAUUUGAGAAAUCACAUAAUGUUGAUUAACUGAAUAAAAUUUAUUUUUGCUUGGUGUCCAAGAAAAUGCUUUUGCUUCAACAACAGAGACUCAGAAUACUUUCCCCAUCACUGCCAUGGACUCCAAGAGGGACAAGGAAGAGCAGAUUUACUUUUUGGUACUUUGUUGCUUUCCUAUCACAUUCAUAUCCAGGUUACUGUAACUAAUGUGUUUGAUCAUUUGAGUCAUGUCAUAUGUAAUAUGUAUCCUUAGACAUUCUUUUUAAAUCAGCUGGACAUGACAGUUUUGGCUUGUAUAUUGCAAGUUCUGACCACUUUUUUCUCAGCUUGCUGAGCAGUUGGUGUAUAAUUUUAGUCUACUGUUACGUGUACUGAAUUAAUUCAUAAUCAGGGCUUUGACUGGAUAUGGACUGUUACAUGGAUUAAUGGCAAAAGGUUAACAGUAAGACAUGUCAUUUGUGUGACUAUGAUUACGAGUGACUUCUGCAAGUUGUGUGAAAAUGAUUAUCUUGACAGACGCAGCCUUCCACUUGUUACUGCCCCCAAUAAUCCCUUGCUUACAUAAUGUCAUCUGAGAGUGACAUGCUCGAGUGACUACUUUGAAUCAGACUUAAGUCAAGUAAAGCAUCAAGAUACAACAUUGAAUGUUAAAUGAUUUAUCCUUAUAUGUUAAUUCAAUUGCUGAUAGUCUUCUAGAUAUGCAAUACUGAGCUUUCACAUACCUCAUGUGUGCAUUUAACAAUUAACCCAAUCAGAUGGCCUGAUCGGAUCUGUGAUCUCAGUUUUGAGUGAGAAAGCGUUGGAAAAAUCUUCACAUUGUCAAAGUGGCUGUGUAGAGAAGUCUCCGUUUAAGUCAGAAUUAGCACUUUAAAGAAAGGUUAGGGGAAGUUGAAUGAAUGGAUGGAAACAUUCCCACCUUUGUUUUGUUACUACAGCAACAGGCCAUUUUGAGUGCUGUUAGUCAUUUUGUGCAUUACUACCCAAUUUAUGUGCAAAGCACUUCUCAUUUAGUGUUUUUCAAUAAUGAUGUCUUCUUUACACUAUUUUAAGUAUUGGGGCCUUAAUCAGUCCAGCUGCAAUAAUGAAUUCUUUGUUAAAGACAAUAUAAUUGCCAUACAAAUAAAUCUACGCAGCAUACUCAAAUGUUCAAAACAAGCCAUGCUUUACAGGUUUAUCACAAACAGAAUUGGCCUUUUUGUAUUAACUUGUUUAUAUAAUAAAUUUAGCAUCUGAUAAAGUUAACAAAAUUACAUAGAUAUGAUCAUUUAAAUAGUAAGAAUCAGUGGGUCAAAGGAGGAUGCUGUGCUGUGUUCAGUCUGCUCUGUCACUGAAAAUGUAAAUUUCCAGUAUAGGCAAAAAUUAAUUGCGAACAUAGACAUAAGACAUCCUGAAAGGACUAUGCUUCAGUCUCUCACAGCCUAUUUUUUGUCUGCAUCGAAAUCAUUUAUAGCUACUACUCAGAAUAAGGUAUGUCAUCCACUGUGGGUCUCUUUUAUAAUUUUGAUUCUCCAUACUUAGCAGUAUACUGCUAAUGACCUAAACACGUAAUGGUCUUGUAACUUCUCUGCAGAGAAAAAAAAAGAAAAUACAAUAUGAAUGUUGAGACACUAUCUUUAGAUUUUAGUAUACACAUUAUCUAUUUUCUCUGUCUUUAUCUUUGCUGUGCUGGUCAUGUUAAAGGAAUUAAUUUAGUACACUGCAAUGAAAAAUAACAGAGAAGGUAAUAAUCCAUAAACUUUCAUUUUUAAAUGACAAAUGUAAUUGCUCUAUUCCAUAAACAAAAGCCUUAUGGGAUUGUCUUCAGAUGUAUUUUGUGUGAAACAGUCACAAAAUAAUUCUUAUCCAACUCAACUGACUGUUUAAUACAUAUGAGUGCUGUUAUAAAUUCAGAAAAAAAAUCUUUGAAUACAUAUAAGAAUUUUGCUAUUUGCACAAGUAGACAUUUUAAAGAGUAAAGCCGAGUAUGGAAACUUAUAGUUAACAGUAACACUUCAUAUUGCCAGCUCUGUAGGUCACCUAAAAACUAUUCAUUUUGAUAUGUGUGGCCAUGAGUGUGAGUUUUUCACUAAAGUCAGUUUGUUGACUGACUUGAAAAAGGUAUUGUUGCGUCUAGGGUUUUAUUCAGAUGGAAUCACACUAGACCUCAUAUUGUAGAAGUAAUGCUUGAUUGCACAUUCAGUCCAAUUUGGAUUUGGAUUUUAUGCACUUUUGAAGAGAGAGGACAAUGAAAGAGAAAUGAAAGGGAUUGUUGAUUAGUAGCCACACAGCUACAAUAUGUUCAAUACAGUCCAUUGUACUGGUGAUACUGGUAAGGCAGUAGAAAAGUCAGUGCUAUGACAAUAGACUAGAAACCAUUACAAAAGUGUCAAUGUUUCUAGAUUGUUGUUUGUUUCAUAUGUAUCAUUGUUCUCUCUCUUUUCUCUCUCUCUUUUUUCCUGUGUAGCUAUGUACAUGUAAACCUCAGUGUGUUUGUGCACUGUGUGGAUAACUUCAUUGAAGACAGUCAGGUUUCAACACUGUUGGCAACGAACGUUCUUUUAUCCAGUGUGUGCUAUUCUGUUUCAACCUAACAACAGCGAUUUAUUAUCAUCUGCAUCAAAAAAAAAAAACUUUUUUUUUGUUUGUUUGUUUUUAAAAAGAAGGCUGUCAACCACUUGAAGGCAUAAAAGCAUUAUAGCGAUUUAUAGUCAAACUGCAUUCUCAGGUUGAGAAACUGGCCCGACUGUUUCUGUUCCUGUGUUACUUUUUGCAAAAAUGCUCAGUUACAAAAAAAUUAGCUGGUGAUCAUUUUAGCUCCAGUGCUAUGACUCAUGGGAAGUCACUGGCUGACUAUUGCGCCCUCUACAUCCCAUCAUUGUACAUGCACCCAAUGUUCAAAGGCGGCUAACUUUAACUAGCAUGAUGAGUCAUGUUGUGAAUGUAGCUCUAGUGCUUGCUAUUGAAAAUGCAUUCAUAUGGGAAAAUACAACUUUCUGUUGUAUGUACAAAUUUGAGCAAAUUUAUGAGCAAAUUUGGAUUAAAAUAUCCAAAGACAGUCAGAAUUUGCUGUACGCAUAUGCCUCAAUGGUCCAUAGCCAGGAUUAGUUCUAGCAAUACCACAAGGCCUCAUUUAGGGUUGGAAGACCAAACUUGAUGUCUAGAAAUUGACCUAUAGAAUACACAUCAUUGAUCUCAUUGUUUUUUUCUUUUUCAAGGAAGAUCUAGAUCUUAUACCUCCCGUUAAAACCUCAAUCGCCAGAGUGACAUUUCUUCAAAAAAGAAGAAAAAAGCACAUAACUGAUUUCUCAUUUUCUUAUAUAUUCGAUGUAAAUGACUAUAUUUGUGUGAUUCGUUGUACCUGUGAUAUUUUUCUCAUUCUUUGACAAGCUCCUUUUCUACAAACUGACAAAAAGCAAUGAAGACAGAAGUCAACCUCAGCUUUUCUAACUGUGGCGUGUUUAUGUGAACAGAGCAUCCAAGACUGUUCAGUGAAGUCAGUGAUAAUUUCUUUGGUGGUGCUUGCAAGUUUUUGUAGCUGUUUUGAUUUUUGUGAAAUAGAAAGGAACAUCGGACUCGACUUUUGGCUAAUAUGUCUAGUUCAAUGACUUCCUGUAUAGUACAAAUCUAUUGUAUCUGUAUAAUCACUCUAAUAAAAUACU